GGGUGACGCAGGGCGCCGGGGCCGCGGUACAGCCGGGGAGGCGCCGGGGCCAUGGAAUCCGCGGCCAAGGGCAGCUACGUCCUCGCCAACCUCGCCGAGGUGGUGGAGCGCGUCCUCGGUUUCCUGCCCACCAAGGCGCUGCUGCGCGCCGCCUGCGUGUGCCGGCUAUGGAGGGAGUGUGCCCGGCGGACGCUGCGGACGCGGCAGCGAAUCGCGUGGGUGUCGGCGCUGGAGCCGGGCCCCGCCGAGAACCACGCGCUGGUGCGCGCGCUGGCCCGCGAGCUUGAGAAGGUGCACGUGCUGCCUCAGACCGUGCUCUACAUUGCUGAUGCAGAGACGUUCAGCGGGCAUGAGGAGUGUCACGAGCAAAAGAAAGCCAGAAAAAGAAACAGUAAAGAAACAGCACUGGCGCUUGAAAAGUUGUUGCCAAAGCGAUGUCAGGUUCUUGGACUGGUCACCCCAGGGAUUGUAGUUACCCCGAUGGGUUCAAGCAGCAAUCAGCCUCAAGAAAUUGAAGGGGGCGAAGCUGGGUUUGCUCUGUUGUUUCCCAAAAUCGAUGGGGUGAAAAUUCAUACCUUCCAUUUUUCUAAAGACGUGAAGAACAGGGUCUUUGAUGAAAGUAAAUUUGCUGAAGCAGGUCUGAAGAAUAACCCAGAUCUCCGUGUUGUUCUUCUGUUUGGCUACAAUUCCUGGAAGACUGGAGCUACUCGAUUUCUUCAUCAAAUAGUCAAUCCAUUGAAUGAGAAAAGUAUCAUCCUGGCUGGGGGACAGGUGGAGAGCUUUACAUCACUGACCUCUGAGAAUAACCAUGCCCAGCCUGGUGACGCCUGUGGUGUGGUUGGGUUGGCUUUCAGCGGCCCCCAGAUCCAGAGUGCCACUGUCCUUUUAGACCAGGAUGUGGCUGAUGAGAGGACAGCAGAAGCGGCCAUGCAGCGUCUCAAAGCAGCAAACAUCCCUGAGCACAACACCAUUGGCUUCAUGUUUGCCUGUGUUGGCAGAGGAUAUCGGCAUUACAAAACCAAGAGGAAUAUGGAAGCAGAUGCAUUUAGGAAGUUUUUUCCAAAUGUCCCCCUCUUUGGCUUUUUUGGACAUGGGGAAAUAGGCUGUGAUCGAAUAGUUACUGGGAAUUUCGUAUUAAGAGAAUGUAAUGACAUAAAGGAUGACCUCCUUCAUGGUUAUACUACUGUUAUGACUCUUAUUCACCUUGGUUCAAGUAAAGCAAACCAAGCCUAAGUAAGGUUUAAUGCUUCACUGAGCUGUUUGUUUCAUUCCAGAGAGCUGAGAAGUCUGGAAGAGUGGACAUCUUGCAGUCAAAGGCCCUUCCAAAAUAUAAACAUCACUUUGGUAAUAUUAUCGAGUCUUGUAGUUGCAAUAGAGUUUACUAUAAUAUCUGUGAGAAAGCCUUGCAUUUUGUGUAAUCCCCUGUAAACAUCAGAAUUGCAGGAAAUUAUAUUUGAUGGAAUUCUGCAAUUGAAGAAAGUCUCUUUCUUCCAAAACAAAAAUGGUUUCUACAAAUCAUAGAAUAUGUGAAUUGGAAGGGGCCUAUCAGGAUCAUUUGAGUCUUGGCCCUGAACAGGACACGCCAAGAAUCCCACCAAGUGCCUGAGAGUGUUGUCCAAACUCUUCUUGAGCUCAGGCAGGGCUUGGUGCUCUGACCACUUCCCUGGGGAAUCUGUUCCAGUGCCCAGCCACUGGAUGAAAAACUUUUUCCUGAUACCCAACCUAACUCAGCUUCAUGCCGUUUUCUCGAGUUCUGUCACUGGUCACGAGAGUGAAGAGAUGCUGAAGACCACAAUGAGGUCUCCCCUCAGUCUCCUCCAGGCUGAGCAAACCAAGUGUCCUCAUCCAUUCCUCAUAAGGCUUCACCUUGAUAUCCUUCACUUCCUCAUGGCAUUUCUCUGGACCCCCUCUAAACUUCAUGUGGCUUUUUAUAUUGAGGUGCCCAAAACUGCCCCCAGGACUGGAGACUGCCCCAGAGCAGAGCCUGGCCUGGCUGGUGGUGCUGGGCCUGAUGCCUUCCAGGACAUGAUUUGCCUUCCUGGGUACCAGGGCACAGCUGACUCAUACCCAACUUACAUCGACCCCAGCACCCUUCCCACAGCUGCUCUCCACCCUCCUCCUCCCCAGUCCAUACACACAACCAGGGCUGCCCUGUCUGAGAUACAGAAUCCAGCUCUUGCCAUUGUUACAUUUCUUAUGGUAUGUGAUUGCCCAUCUCUCUUUGUCUAGGUCUCUGCAAGGCCUCUAUCCUUGAGGAAGUUGACAGCUCCUCUCAAUUUAGUGUCUAUGGCAAGCCCAAACCCAAAUGUAGAAAUAAACAGUACUUUGAUGUGCUCUAUUUAUGUGUGUAAAGCACUCUAGGAAAACUACUGAUGCAUUAAAUCUACUAUUUCCUGGAUUUUAUUUCUAGAGAGAUGCAGAACUUUCCCAGAGUCCUAUUUACAAAACUAAACUGUUUUACUAGAUAAAAUCAAUGAAAAUCUUUAGAGAAAAGUAACAAAGUACUUGUUAAAUAAAGAUAGAAGUAUGUCAAAGUACCUUGCCUUCUAUUCCUAGAGCAAAAGCUCUGAUUUAAAGAUGUUGUCCAUCUAAGAGUUCAGCUGGGCUCACCACAUUGAACUGAAUUUCAGUUGCUUAACUGUGUGGUUCAGAAUAUAGUGGUUGCCUCCUCUCCUGUAGAUUGUGAUUACAAUCUUUUGAAUCCAGAGUGCUCAGAAGUAAGUCAAUCUAUCUCUUAAGUUUCUUUAGGAAGUUUUUUGCUGUUAAAUUUGGAAUUGUGGGACACAAGAUCUGGCUAUGCUAUAUUUAUAUAGAGACUUUAAGAGUUGUGCUUCUGCAUGUUUUUCCUAUGCUUUUACGUCAGUCACCUGUUUUGAUUGCUGCAGCUGGCAUGCAGUAUCAAGUAAAUAAAUUCAUCAUAGUCUCAAUAUAGCUAAUAAUAUAUUGGCUGCUUUUUAAAUUUUUCCUCUCUUUUAUUUUUACUUAGUAAUAGAAUGCCAAGAAAAUAAGAUUAAUUUUGCACCAUAUCACCAGAUUUCUAAAUGCAAAAUCGGGCAGGUCGCCCAUUUUCAGUGUAGUAAAAAGAAAAUACUUUGCUGUAUGUUGUACAACAAAGUAACAUUUUUUUGCUUUAAAUGUACCAAGGAAAACUUCAGUUAGCAACUUUAUGCCUAUGUCUAGUUAAAACUAUUCCUGAACUUGGUCUAACAAGCUUUAGUAGGGGUGUAUUUGUCCUGAGCAUGAGCAUUAAUGGUUGGUGUCGAUGUGUGCUGAGAACAGACAGCACUUCCCCAUGGCUGUAUUGAUGAUGGGUUUCUUUUAGAGGAUAGGAUAAGCUGUGAACUCCCAGUGUCCAGCUGUGGAUGGGGCAUUAGUAAGUGUGGGUGUGACUUGAGCAAUGUUCACUUAAUUUAUUUAGAGGGAAAGAUAUCUGGAAGUGGAGUAUGGUUGAAUUUUCAGAGAAGCCCCUUGGUGGGAGGUCACCAUCAUUUUAGCAUAACCAGAAUGUCACAUUUGACCCUUUGUGUCUGCAUAACCUUCAUGUUUAACAGGACAAAAAAGAAAUGUUUAAUUUCUGUGAUGCAGAUAGGAUUCUUGGUGCUGUCAGCCAUGCUGACCAGCUUAGGUUAACUGGUUGCUGUACUAGAGAGGUGAAGAGUGAUCAACCACGUGUCCUAAGUAACAGUGCAGACUCAGCCAGAGGGUCAGAGACGUUGAUAGUUAGCUCAGAGGAUGGAACAGCUAAACCAGAACCGCCAGGAUGGUCUGCAGGGGACAGUCAGCAGAUCCUGUAGCUGAGGAAGCUUCAGAGGUAAACAUAUGACAGAAAAUGGGAUGGAGGGGUGUGAGGGGGGUCUGCAUCAGAAUCCAGGAGUUCUUCCCUCCAGCACCGAGAAGUGUGGGGAUGAGCCCACAAUACCCUACAACCAUGCACAUGGCUGAAACCACUACACUGUCUGUCCCAGGCCACAUCAUGCCUUCCAUGGGAAAGGGAAGUGGUGUGAUAAAAUUGCAACAUCUGUGAUUAAAG